AUGAGAAAAGGUAAAUGGACCGCAGAAGAAAGUGCCUAUUGUGAUCGAUUGAUUGAAGAAUUUAAAAAGGGGAAUUUACCAUUAGCAGAAGGAACGACCUUACGCACAUUUCUAUCGAAAUUAUUAAAUUGUGAUCCCAUGCGGAUCUCCAAGAAAUAUACAGGAGAUCAAUGUAUUGGUAAAAUUAUCUUUCGUCGACGAGAAGAUGAAGUAUCAAAGGACGAUAUGGAGAAUAUUCGAAAGGAUCUAGCAGAGCUAGAGAAAACAUACUUGGAACGAGAACAGUAUAAUCAAAGAAGACGUGAGAAACGACUCGAGUCGGAACUGUCGAGGGAUAAAAAUCGAUUUGGAACUACCAGAUCGAUUGGAUACGCAGGAGGAAUUUCAGCUACAGCCAUGUCGCCACACUCUCAUUCACAGCAACAGCAGCAGCAGCAGCAGCAAGGAGGAUACUCUUCUGCUCCCGUGCGGUCAACAACAAAGCAGGAACCUCGAUCAGUACCUGUUCAACAACCCAGUGGAGGAUAUGGUACACCGGGUCGAGGAGGUGGUAUGCCUGUUCAGCCACCACUGCAUCCCCCACAGCAGGGCAAUAAUAACGUUCCAUCUCAUCUAUUUAACGGCGACCACAACAAUGUGUUGAUGCUUGGUAUUGCUGGCGUGCAAACCCAGAGCCAAGGACAGGUUCAGGACAAUAAUUCUCCUAGUAGUUUAGUCAUGGACGGUAACUUAGGUGACGCGUUUCCACGUGUGUCUUCGAUUGACAGUUUCUCGUGCUUGUUUCCACGCGUGGCCAGCAUUGAAAACUUUCAGCAUGCAACGUCGUCAGGAUUUGGCGGAAUGAAUCCUAACGGCCCGUAUGUGUCGACUGAAAGCCAGGACACAAUGAUGAGUGGCUUGUCGAGGCCGUUGUCGGUUGGCGAGAGUCUCAACGCUUACUUUCCGCGCAUUCAAUCGUUAGAACAUCUAUCUAGUUUGUUGCAGGAUCAUGGUUUGAGCACUCCGACUGGGGCAACUACGGCGUUGGCAGCCCAGAACACACGAGAUGCGACGGAUAAAUCAAGCGAUAGCAACAAGCAGUCAAGCAAGGAACACACAUUGUCGGGAAGCACCCGGAGGAGGCUUGGUGAGAAUAUUAUGGACGAGGAACAGCAGCGGGAAGGCGGUGAAAAUGCACAGUCGCGUCCAAACAGCAGCAGCACUACCAGUAAUACCAACAGCAGUGUCGUGUGCACAACGACUAGCGCCUCGGGUACCUUUGCUAACACUGGUGCCACGAAACGUCUGAGCCCAAGCCACAACGCUUCAGCUUCGUCUGGGUCUGGAAACCAGAUUCAGAUUCCCAAGCCUCUGAACAAAAUGCCGCGUAGUUCGUCAGGAAUAUUUCCUCGCGUGCCAUCCAUGGACAAGAUGCCUCGUGUGCCUUCUGCUGAUAAGCUUUCUCGUGUUGCUUCGCUGGACAAACUACCGCGCAUUCCGUCAAUGGAUAAGCUUCACGCGGUGGGUGGUGGAGAACAACGUAUUCCGAGGGUGCCUUCAAGCGAUAAGAUGGCGCGUGUGCCAAGCUUGGACAUGCUUUCUCGUUUUGGUUCUAGCGACCACCUCAGCAGCUUCCCGUCAUUCUCAAACCUAAGCGCACUCUCUUCGAGCGCCUCAUACGACAAGUUGAGCUCGCUGGGUGGAUUCAAGUCGGGAUUUCCGCGUAAUUCGUCGAUUGAGGACAUUUUGUCUUUAGUCGCGUCGUCUGAGUCAACGGGUCUUCCAUCCAAUGGCUCAACAUUGCAGUUGAGUGCACUAGCUGCAGUUGCUGGUGAAGAGUCAUCUCACCUCGUUGCAAACGAACGAAAACGCCGGUUAGAGACCUCGCAGCAGGAUGCGCCGUUGACGGCUGAUCACAAGAAGAACAAGCUAUCGGCGUGA